UUGAACUGUAUUUAAAAAAAUAAUAUUUUUUUUUAUUAAUUCACAAAAUUCUAGGAAAUUUAAAAAAAGCGGUGGUAAGGUUUGCGUGGCCACGAUCGUAUGACAAAUAAAAUAUUGAUCUAUAAAAUAAUAAAAGAAAAACUUUCAGGCAUUAUAAUGGAACUAAAAGGAGAAGUAGAAGAGUUAAAAGUUAUUGCGUUGGGGAAGAAUGCCGCAGCAGACAGUUUCAAUUCGGAAAUAAAUGCAAUGAGAGGCUUAUACGAAACAAAUUUGGAAUGCAUUAAAAAUAUUUUAGCAGAACAAAGCGUAUUAAUGAAAAAUUUCACAGAAAGCUUAUACCCUGUACCGAAAUUUGUAUCACUGUUUCCCAUAAAAACACAGGAAGAACUGGAUAGCAUUGAAUCCCAUACAAGCACCGAAAAUGAAACCCAAAUGGUUGCAACCGUUUUUCACGUUAUUAAGAAUGGCGGCUUUAAAUCAAACUUGCUGUCGAUUUUUAGCGAAAACGUUAUAAUGGACCACAACAUUGAUGGUAAACAAGGCAAGACCCCGCUGCUCCGUUAUACGAAGCUUAUGAAUGUCUUUAUUCAAGCGGCUCAAAAGCUUGGCGUUACUGAAAACGAAUGCCUGCUGGAAUUGCGUUGCGCAUUUAAAUCGGCCAAAAACCGCCAUCACAAGGCCUCUUGCCUGAAGAGGAAACGCUCAGGACCUGAAACUGAAGCGACAACAGAAGCAGCAUCUGAAGCUACAACAGAAGCAGCAACUGAAGCUACCACAGAAACUACAUCAGACUAAAGUCUAACUAAAAUACUUAACAUUAAGUUUUAUUUCCAUAAACAUAUAUUUAUACAACAAACAAAAAAGAAUGAACUGAAU